AUGGCGGACGUUCCCUUGUACGUCAUAUCGGAGCACACUUCAUCAGAGCGGCGAAUCACCCCUGCGUGGACCAUCGCCACCCUCAGGUCUAAGCUCGAGCACAUCACCGGAGUGCCGCCAUCAGCUCAAAAGCUCUCUCUCAAAACUGCCGGAGGAAACGUACCCAUCCAGGCCGCCAAUGAGGAUGCCACUUACUUGACCAACUUCCCAUUGGCACCUUACGCCGAAUUGCACGUUGUCGACACCCGGCCCCCGGCGGCCCGGGUCAACUUCAAUGAUGCUACGGGCGUCGAGAAGUUCGUGCUGCCGGAGGAGGAGUACGAGAAGAAGACAGACUCGGUUUUAGCCUGGAAGAAGGCACAGAAGCUCGGCCGUUUUGACCCCAGCGCGCCAAGCCAUGAGGAAGCAAAGAUUGCUGCCCACGAGCAGGAUAUCCAAAGGCGAGGCAUCGAGGUCGGUAAGCGCUGCCGCGUCGGCGGUGAGGAUACCCGGCGGGGCGUGAUCCGGUAUGUCGGCGAGGUGAAGGAGAUCCCCAACGGGCUGGGACCUUGGGUCGGCGUGCACCUGGACGAGCCAGUGGGCAAGAAUGACGGCAGCGUCGGUGGCACGCGAUAUUGGGGCGAAGAAUCGCAGCUGAAGCACGGUGUCUUUGUCAGGCCUGAGCGUGUUGAAGUGGGCGAUUGGCCUGUGCUAAACGACCUGGAAGAUUUGGAGGAGAUUUAG